AUGUAUAAACUCCUAUCAUUCGCCUGCCUUUUGGCAAUCUGUCAAGCGGCCCGAGUCUACAACCUCAACUCGAUGCCCCACAUCGCGGCCGGUGGACGCCAUAAGCGCGAUAUCUCCCUAGCUGUUGCCGGAUCUUGCAUCGUUACGGGAGACCAGCUGUUCGCCAACGGCUACCUGGUCCGAACGCUCACCAGUGAUGAACAGAAUGCCGUCUCCCAAUACCAAGAUGAAAUUCAGCAAUUGAAAGAUACUCGUCAACAACUCCAGCUUCAGCUGAAGAACAUGACGAUGCGCAGGAUGCGUCAGCAGAAUUUGACUCCCCAAGAGCAGUCAGCCCUCCAACAGCUCCGUAACUUGACAAUCCCUGACGCGCCGGCUUUCUGCUCCGGAAAUGACACCACCCUGUACAUCUUUGACGGAUGCAUGGUCCAAAACGACAAGGUCUACGUCGGAAGCAACUACGCCCGCGAUUUGACCUCAGAUGAGACCGACCAGCUUAACACCUUCCUCCAACAAAUCGACUCCUACCUCCAAUACAGCGAGCAGGCCAUGAAGCAGAAAAUGGACCAGUUCGCCAACAACAUGAUGAACAACUACGAUGACAAUAUGGACAAUGACAACUCUAUCAACCAAGACACCCAAGAUAGCACCAACUCCCCCAUGGUGUCAACUACGCAAGGCAACGCUCCCGCCUUCCCCAAGACCCCACAAUUCUGCACUUCUUUC